AUGGAGGAGUAUGAGGCACUGAUUCUCGGACUACGAAUGGCUGAAGAGCUAAAUUUAGGGGAAAUCGACAUCAAGGGAGACUCAAAGCUAGUCACAAACCAAUUAUCGGGCGACUUCCAAGUAAAAGAGGCGCAUUUGGCACCAUACCGAGCAGAAUCCCAAGAAUUGAUAGCGGGGAGAGGAAGCAUUGUUAUUGAGCAUACUGGAAGAUCCACUAAUAAACACGCGGACGCGUUAGCUACCUUAGCAGCAAAGCUACAAUUGAAUGAAGCUGACGAGGGAACCAUAGUGGUGAAAAGAAGAGCAUUACCCAGCACGUGGAAAGAAGAUGCAGCAUUCAAAUUGAAAGAUGAUUGGAGAACAACAUAUAUCGAAGAUUUAACUAGAGAAGCAGAUGAUCAGUUGCUGCCCAUUAAAGUGCUAAAACAAUUUGUUGUAGUCCGAGGAGCGCUAUACUUUCGAACAUCCGGGGGUGUUUUAUCACGGUGUGUGGGAAAGGUAGAAGCGCAAGAAACACUAAAUCGCGUUCAUGAAGAGUCCUAA